AUCUGUUGCCGAGGAUUUACCAAUACUUGAGAACUCUUGUCUUCAACAGGCAGCACCUUCACCUUUUGACUACAUCCUCUGUACACUCGAAAGACUGUUACUUGAGGACCCUUAUAAACGACAUUCUCACUGUUUAUUCAUCAAGCUGCCUUCAAUAAUAUCAACGAAAGGCGUGGCAUCUGCCCGCAAGAAUUUAAUAAAGUCUCUUUCCAACGAAUCAACUUCUCCCAAAACGGCUUCAAAAACCGAUUCCAACAAGGAGCAAUAUCUAACUCAUCAAAGGAGUUGUUCGAUGGAACCUUCAGUGAUGACUCCCGAGGAUAACCUCAAUGGUAUAAUUCCUGGCUUCCAGCGCCCACCCGAGAUUUGUGUCGAUUACCUCUCGCACGAUUGGAAAGUGGAGGAUGAUAUCUGGACUUCGUGGAAAGUAAUGUCAAAGCAGAAGAAGGAAAUUGAUAACGGCGUUCGGCUCGAGAACGCUUCGUGGAGAACCUGGGCUAAACAAAAAUACAAACUUAAAACUGUCAAUCCCGAGUUGCUCAAUUGGCACAAAGAUAGCGAUGUGACGUGGUUGUACGGACCUUUGCACACCGCUUGGCUGCCUCGCAAGAAGGAGGAUGAACAAAAAUUGUCAACCGCCACCGUGAAUGAAUAUAACUUGAGUUCGGGUUGUCACAAAUCAUGCUUAAAAAAGAAGUCAAUAUCCGAGAUACUGUGUCCUCCGGUCAAGGGUAAAUAUCCAUCGUUGGUGGCGAGCAACUCGGAUACCCAGCUGUAUCAAAAGAAUCAAAACGACGACGGUGAUAGCGACUGUGACAGCGCCUCAACUUGUUCUUCAGUAUCUGGACCCACCACGCCGGUAACCGGUCCCACCAAAUCUAUUAUGUUGUCGACUAGUCGCAGGGAUCAAUCUCCGCCGCGACAUCACAUUCGAUUUAAUGAUCAAGUUGAACAAUGUAUCGCGGUUGAUUCGACUGAUGGAGAUGACGAUCAACCUAACGCCUCAGACUCGGAAAGCAGCAGCGAUGAUGGUUUAGAGAUGAAGAUAAGUCGAAAGAAGAGGAAGGAUCGUAGGACAAUAUUCAAGUUAGCUCCCACAAAGUUAAAGUAUGACAGGCUGUGUAACAAUGAGUAUUCGGCUUUGUACACGCGGCGUAAGCCCGCGGAUUCCUCUAAUUCGGCUUCAUCUACGCCUCCCGCAAC